AAUUCUUUGUGGGUGGAGUUUUAAUGGGCGUCUAUGUGGCGUCUGCAUGACUUGAUGUCAAAAUUUAUAUUAGUUAAAUUUUAAAUUUAUUUACUAUUUUAUUAUUAUUAUUAUAAUUACUACAACCAUAACAACAUUUUGUUUAUUUGUUUUUAUUACUUUUUAUCGAAAUUUAUGUGUCGCCAAGUGUUAAAUAAUUGCUAAGCUAAAGGUCAAUAGUCCUCGGAUAAAAUGACAGCAGACAAGGUAACUUUGGGCGAUGCCUUGUCAAAUGUCGAUGUUCUUGAUGAAUUUACACUGCCGGAUGAGCAACCCUGCAUUGAAGCGCAGCCGUGUUCGGUUGUGUAUCAAGCAAACUUUGAUACGAAUUUCGAAGAUCGCAAUGGAUUCGUGACAGGAAUAGCCAAAUAUAUUGAAGAAGCGACUGUCCAUGCGAGUCUGAAUGAGCUUUUGGAAGAAGGUCUCGAGCAUGCGGUGAUGCUCUACACGUGGCGAUGCUGUUCCAGAGCAAUACCGCAGCCUAAGUCAAAUGAACAGCCCAAUCGUGUAGAGAUUUAUGAAAAAACCGUCGAAGUAUUAGCACCGGAAGUUAAUAAACUAUUAAAUUUCAUGUACUUUCAGCGUAAAGCAAUCGAACGUUUUUCAGCAGAAGUUAAACGUCUGUGUCAUCAUGAAAAACGUAAAGAUUUUGUCUCGGAAGCCUAUUUAUUGACUCUCGGUAAAUUUAUAAAUAUGUUUGCUGUACUAGACGAGCUUAAAAAUAUGAAAUCAAGUGUUAAAAACGAUUACUCGACGUACCGUCGAGCAGCACAAUUUUUAAAAGUAAUGUCCGACUCUCAAACGCUACAAGAAUCACAAAAUCUGUCGAUGUUUUUGGCAACGCAGAACAAAAUUCGUGACACCGUUAAAGAAAAUUUAGAAAAAAUACCCGGUUACGAAGAAUUGUUAGCCGACGUUGUCAAUAUAUGUGUUCAUAUGUUUGAAACAAAAAUGUAUCUUACUCCGAACGAAAAGCACAUGCUUGUUAAAGUAAUGGGGUUCGGUCUUUUUCUGAUGGACAGCGAGCUCUGCAAUAUAAAUAAACUGGAUCAGAAAAAAAAAUUAAAAUUAGAUCGCAUCGAUCGUAUAUUUAAAAAUCUCGAGGUAGUGCCGUUGUUUGGUGACAUGCAAAUCGCUCCAUUUAAUUACAUAAAACGUUCAAAACAUUUUGAAGCUUCCAAGUGGCCGCUGUCGUCAUCAGUUAAUUCGAUGAGUCCCCAGGCCGAUUUGAUGGUUCAUUUGCCCCAGAUUCGUGAAGAUCACGUCAAGUAUAUAAGUGAGCUAGCCAAGUACAGUAACGAAGUCACGACAACUUACAAAGAAUGUGGUUCUGAUUCCGAGAAUAGCGACACUUCGGAAUUGGCGUUACGUGGACUGCAAUUAUUGUCGCAGUGGACUAGUGUCGUUACUGAACUGUACAGUUGGAAACUGUUGCAUCCAACAGAUCAUCAUAUGAACAAAGAAUGCCCACCAGAAGCUGAAGAGUACGAGCGUGCAACUCGUUAUAAUUAUACAGAUGAAGAAAAGUUUGCAUUAAUUGAAGUCAUCGCGAUGAUAAAAGGUCUGCAGGUACUGAUGGCGCGGAUGGAAACUGUUUUUAUCGAUGCAAUACGUCGUAAUAUUUAUGCUGAACUUCAGGAUUUUGUUCAGUUGACAUUACGCGAGCCAUUGCGCAAAGCAAUUAAAAAUAAAAAAGAUUUAAUACGGAGUAUAAUCGUAUCAGUUCGGGAAACUUGCGCUGAUUGGCAUUUCGGAGUUGAACCUUCAACAGAUCCAGCAUUGAAAGGUAAAAAAGACCCAGAAAAUGGGUUUGGUAUUAAAGUACCCCGUAGAAAUGUCGGGCCGUCAUCAACUCAGCUCUACAUGGUCCGUACGAUGCUCGAAUCAUUGAUUGCUGAUAAGAGCGGCGGGAAACGUACCCUGAGAAAAGACAUCGACGGGCAGUAUCUCGUUCAAAUAGACCAGUUUCACAAGACAAGUUUUUACUGGGGAUAUUUAUUGAACUUCAGUGAAUCACUUCAAAAUUGCUGCGACCUAUCGCAGCUCUGGUACCGUGAAUUUUAUUUAGAAAUGACUAUGGGACGUAAAAUUCAAAAAUGUCAAGUACGUCAUCAGCAUAAUGAAGAGUGCAGCGAUUUGAUAACAAUGGAAAAAAGAAUUCAAUUUCCAAUAGAAAUGUCAAUGCCAUGGAUAUUGACCGACCAUAUUUUGAAAAGUAAAGAGCCUUCGAUGAUGGAGUACGUGCUCUACCCCCUUGAUUUGUAUAACGACAGCGCGCUCUAUGCGCUGACAAUAUUUAGAAAGCAAUUUUUGUACGACGAAGUUGAAGCUGAAGUUAAUUUGUGCUUUGAUCAAUUUGUUUACAAACUCAGUGAACAAAUUUUCGCCCACUACAAGCAAUUAGCUGCGAGUAUUUUACUGGACAAGCGGUUUCGGGUUGAGUGCGUCGCACUGGGCGCAUAUUUGUUACCUUACCCACGUGCCAAUCGUUACCAGACUUUGCUGAAGCAGCGACACGUACAAUUACUCGGACGCAGUAUUGAUUUGAAUAAAUUGAUAACGCAGCGCAUCAAUGCGGACAUGCAGAAGUCGCUGGACUUGGCAAUAAGUAAAUUUGAGUCGGGUGACAUUACGGGUAUCAUUGAACUCGAAGGUUUACUCCAAGUAAAUCGUCUUACUCAUAAAUUAUUGAGUAAGUGGCUCGCUCUAGAUGAAUAUGACGCAAUGUUCCGUGAAGCCAAUCACAAUGUUCUGGCACCCUACGGAAGAAUAACAUUGCACGUGUUCUGGGAGUUGAAUUAUGACUUUCUGCCAAAUUAUUGCUACAAUGCAGCGUACAACAGAUUCGUUAAAUGCCGGGGAUUGCAAUUUGUACAGCCGGUGCAUCGUGACAAACCCCCGCAGAUGUCACAUCAUUAUUUGUGGGGGAGCAAACAAUUAAAUUUAGCAUACAGCACUCAGUAUGGACAGUACACGGGAUUUGUUGGCCCCCAACAUUUUCGUACCAUGUGUAAAUUAUUGGGUUAUCAAGGAAUCGCUGUGGUAAUGGAGGAAUUACUUAAAAUUGUCAAGUCAUUAAUCCAAGGAAGUUUACUGCAGUUCACCAAGACACUGAUGGAAGCGAUGCCCAAAGUUUGUAAACUACCGAGAUACGAUUAUGGAUCACCUGGAGUUCUUGGGUACUACCAUGCCCAGCUUAAUGAUAUUGUCCAGUAUCCGGAUGCCAAAACAGAAUUGUUCCAUAAUUUUAGGGAGUUCGGUAACACUAUUUUGUUUUGCUUAUUAAUGGAGCAGGCGCUGUCCCAAGAAGAAGUUUGUGAUCUACUCCAUGCUGCUCCUUUCCAAAAUAUUUUACCUAGACCAUAUUGUAAAGAAGGAGAAAAGCCGGAAACUAAACAAAAAAGAUUGGAGGCUAAAUACGCAGCAUUACAAAUUGUCCCGAAUGUUGACAAGCUGGGAACUGCUAAACAAGCGAUGAUUGCUCGAGAAGGCGAUUUAUUGACACGAGAACGCCUGUGUUGCGGACUAUCGAUAUUCGAAGUAGUCUUGAGCCGACUGAAGAGUUUUCUUGAUGACCCGAUUUGGGUCGGACCACCUCCGGUUAAUGGAGUUAUGAAUGUCGAUGAGUGUACAGAAUUUCAUAGACUGUGGAGUGCACUGCAGUUCGUCUACUGCAUUCCUGUUGGCGAGACUGAAUUCACCGUCGAAGAAUUGUUUGGCGAAGGUCUACAUUGGGCCGGUUGUGCGAUGAUCGUUUUAUUGGGACAGCAGAGACGGUUCGAAGCUUUAGAUUUUUGCUAUCAUAUCUUACGAGUCCAGAGAGUUGACGGAAAAGAUGAAAAUGUAAAAGGAAUACAUCUGAAACGGAUGGUCGAUCGUAUAAGACGAUUUCAAGUAUUAAACUCCCAAAUAUUCGCGGUAUUAAACAAAUAUUUAAAGAGCGGCGACAGUGAUUCAACGAGUGUUGAACAUGUCCGCUGUUUUCCACCGCCAAUUCAUCCGUCACUCGCUCACACACAACAGCAUUAUCACGCACCAGAGUAUUUACGUCAAAUAAAUAAUCCGUAG